AUGGCGGCCAGGGAGGAGGUGCUCACUUUGGAGGCUGAAGUUGCCCAGCGUGAGGAGGAGCUGAGUUCCCUGAAGCAGAGGCUGGCGGCGGCUCUUCUGGCCGAGCAGGAGUCAGAGUGGUUGGUUCCGGUGUCUCCCCUGCCGCCGAAGGCCGCCCUGUCGCGAGAUGAGAUUCUGCGCUACAGCCAGCAGCUCGCGCUGCCUGAGCUGGGCGUGCAGGCACAGCUGCGCCUGGCGACCGCGUCUGUGCUGGUCGUGGGCUGCGGGGGACUCGGCUGCCCACUGGCGCGGUACCUGGCAGCGGCCGCCAUCGGCCGCCUGGGCCUUGUGGACUACGAUGUAGUAGAAGUGAGCAACCUGGCCCGCCAGGUGCUGCACGGCGAGGCACUGGCCGACCAGGCCAUCUUUUCGGCCGCCGCUACACUGCGCCAUCUCAAUUCGGCGGUGGAGUGCGUGCCCUACGCCCAGGCGCUUACGUCAGCCACGGCGCUCGACCUGGUCGGCCGCUAUGACGUGGUGGCUGAUUGCUCCGACAACGUGCCCACUCGCUACCUGGUUAACGACGCCUGUGUGCUAACCGGCCGGCCCCUCGUGUCGGCCAGCGGCCUGCGCUUCGAGAGCCAACUCACAGUCUACCACUACAGCGGUGCGCCUUGCUAUCGCUGCAUGUUUCCGCAAUCACCUCUGGCGGAGACGGUGACCAGCUGCGCGGAUGGCGGGGUGCUUGGUGUGGUUACCGGGGUCCUGGGCUGCCUGCAGGCGCUGGAAGUGUUGAAGAUCGCUGCAGGUCUGGGCCCCUCUUACAGUGGCAGCCUGUUGCUCUUUGAUGCCCUCGGAGGUCAUUUCCGCUGUAUUCGGCUGCGGAGGCGCAGGCCCGACUGUGCAGCUUGCGGGGAGCGGCCCACUGUGACUGAUCUGCAGGACUACGAAAGCUUCUGUGGCUCCUCAGCCACCGAUAAGUGCCGCUCCCUACAGUUGCUGAGUCCGGAGGAGCGAAUUUCUGUCGUCGACUAUAAGCGACUUCUGGAUUCCGGGUCACCCCACGUGUUGCUGGACGUCAGGCCUCCAGUGGAGGUGGACCUGUGUCGGUUGCCUCACUCCCUACACAUCCCUUUGAAACGUUUGGAACAGAGGAAUGCGGAGAGCCUGAAACUCUUGGGAGAAGCAAUCCGGGAAGGGAAGCAGGGCACACAGGAAGGGGCAUCUCUCCCCAUUUAUGUGAUCUGCAAACUGGGCAAUGACUCCCAGAAAGCCGUGAAGAUCCUGCAGUCCUGGACAGACUUAGACUCUUUAACAGUUCGGGAUGUUGUGGGAGGCCUCAUGGCCUGGGCUGCCAAAAUCGAUGGAACGUUUCCGCAAUACUGAGAUGGCCGGUAGAGUCUGACCAGCGAAAGAUGUGGGUUGUCAUGUUACCUAAAAUUUUUUUGCCUUUAUGAAUGUAUUUGCAUUUUUUUCAGUAAUGUACGGAAGAGCCUGGGAUUCUCCAAUAUCUGCGGAUAGGUGGACUUCUUUUUAUAAGGAGCUUUUUAAUUGUAACUUACUGGGUGAUGUAGCAGUUAAGGGGUUAUAACACUGUUCCUCUGAACUGCCUUGUGUUUGCAGCACUUGGAUGGUGUGUUGAACAGGUGGGAUAGAAUGUAAGUGACAGGACUUUGUGUUUUGAACUGCAGGUCAUUUGCGUGUCCUGCCUUUUUUUUUUUUUAAAUCUCCCAAUUAAAAAGCUCUUUAAAGUUGUCCAUUUUAUUGCUUGGAAAGCUGUCAUACACUUACUGAAUUGAUCACGGAUGAUACAGUUAAGAUAAGUUUAUUGUUUACUAAGACAUUCUUUGGGUGUUAUUUCUAAUGCAAAUGAUGGAACAUGCCCUAGAGAAAUCAGUGUUUAAAAUGUAAAUUGUUAAAACAUUAAAAUGAAAAUUAGCUGGGAAGUGGUCAUUCUAUUAAAUAUUUUCAAUUAAUAGCCAAGUAAGAUAUUUACAGUCUAGCAAGAUAGAAACCACCUUUGU